AUGCGCGUCGAGAGCGGCGACGACUCCAAGCUGGGCGAGAGCUUCGACAGUGUCCUGAUGCUCCUGGCCGGCACCGACCCCUUCUACCUCGUCGACGCCGGCGUCGCCGCCGCCGCCGCCCUCUCCGGCGGCGCCAAGCCGCGCGCCCACAAGCGCCUCCCCCCCUCCCUCGACGCGUUCGGCUGGUGCACCUGGGACGCGUUCUACUCCACCGUCUCGGCGCGCGGCCUGGCGGAGGGGCUGGCGAGCCUGCACUCGGGGGGCGUGUACCCGCGGCUGCUGAUCAUCGACGACGGGUGGCAGCUGACUGAUGUGGACGCCGGCUACAGCCAGGCGCCGACGUCCCAGCUGGCGGACAAGAUGAAGGUCAAGGGGACAGCCAAGGAGUUCCUGGAGACGACGCAGUCCAGCUGA